CUCAGUUGCAGAUAUUCGUAAGUUUUCGGCAGUUUCCGGGGAAACUCGGGAACUCCCGUGCCUGGCUGGCUCGAGUGAUCGCCCGUUGCGGAGGCGCAGGGUCUCGGGCUAGUCAUGGCGUCCCCAUCUCGGAGGCUGCAGACUAAACCAGUCAUUACUUGUUUCAAAAGCGUUCUCUUGAUCUACACUUUCAUCUUUUGGAUCACUGGUGUUAUCCUUCUUGCCGUUGGCAUUUGGGGCAAGGUGAGCCUGGAAAAUUAUUUUUCUCUUUUAAAUGAGAAGGCCACCAAUGUCCCUUUUGUGCUCAUUGGCACAGGCACUGUCAUUAUUCUCUUGGGCACCUUUGGUUGUUUUGCUACCUGUCGAGCCUCUGCAUGGAUGCUGAAACUGUAUGCGAUGUUUCUGACACUCAUUUUUUUGGUCGAACUAGUUGCUGCCAUUGUAGGAUUUGUUUUCAGACAUGAGAUUAAGAACAGCUUUAAGAAUAACUAUGAAAAUGCUUUGAAGGAGUACAAUGCCACACGGGAUUAUAGAAGUGAAGCUGUAGACAAGAUCCAAAGUACGUUGCAUUGUUGUGGUGUCACCAACUAUAGAGACUGGAAAGGUACUACUUAUUACUCAGAAACAGGAUUUCCCAAGAGCUGCUGUAAGCUGGAGGGGUGUUCUCCGCAGAGAGAUGCAGAUAAAGUCAACGAAGAGGGUUGCUUCAUAAAGGUAAUGACAAUUAUAGAGUCAGAAAUGGGAGUCGUUGCUGGAAUUUCUUUUGGAGUUGCUUGCUUUCAGCUAAUUGGAAUCUUUCUCGCCUACUGCCUUUCUCGUGCUAUAACAAAUAAUCAAUAUGAAAUAGUAUAACCAGUAUACACACGGGCUUAUUUCUCUCCAACUUUAAGGUUAUUUGUGAGCUUUAACAUCGCCUGGCUGGAGACAGACAUCUGAUUAGCUUGAAAAACUACAGCAGUAGACUGAUUCAAUCAAGAUAUUUGUGUAUUGUUGUGUUCUAUGUCCACUUUCUGUCCUAUUCCUAUAUCCCUGUAUCUCUGAAACACUGGAAGAGCUAGUAAAUUGUAAAUGAAAUACCAUGUUUCCCUUGAAUUUCAUUUCUCAGUGUGGCAACUGUGAAAAGUGCUGUGAAUUUUCUGUUUUGAUACAGUGGUGAUGGAAAUUUAACCCCUAUGAAUUUGCUGUUGAUGUUGUAUGAUAGAAAAUUGGCCUCCCUGAGGCUUGAUUGUAUAAAUCUGCACCAAGAAGAAAAAUGCUUCAUUAGUCUCUGCUGAUAGGCAGAGUCAUAUCGUGUAAUUUCCUUCCAGCUCGUCAUCAGAUGGUGCCUAUCAUUAGCUUUCCUGGGUGGUGGUAACCAUCUCAGGCUUUGGUUGUAAAGCAGUAAGACUACAAACCAUUACCCAUGUUCUGUGACACAUCAGCUUCCAGCACACAAUGUAUGUAUUUUUGUCUCCAAACUAAGGCAUUUAUACUGGUUAUACUUUGUUAUUUCAAAGGUUAUUAUUACUUUAAUGGUAUCAGAACUAUUGUAUUUUCUUUAUGAAUUUAAUGGAACUUACCUUAACUCUAGCUAGAUUUUUCUCACCAAGCUGAAAUAAUAGUUCACAUCAACUGUCAACAUUUUGCUUAAUUUUAAUAGUGUUCGUUUUGCCUUGUAUCCUUGAUUAAUAAAUAUAAAUCCUUUACGCAAUAAA